GUUCGUAUAUGGAUGAGUCUGGCUUGGCCUCAGAUGAGGCUCAUCCUGGAACAAGGGGUCUUACUAAUGACAGGUCGGUAGAGCUGGGCUCCUCCCCUCAGCUGAUGUGUGAUGAGAGGAUGCCAUCUGAUGAGAGUGAUGAUGCUGAGAAGUGUAAACUGAUGAGGCGAGUGGAGUUGGACUUGGAUAUGGGUUCAGAUGAAGUAACUUCUGACUCCUCGGACUAUGAUGGAGAUGGUGAUGAGGAGUCAGUGGAUGUGGAGACAGUAGAGGAAACAGAACUUGGAGUCACCAUUGCGAACAUGAGGGCAGUUGCCAGCAGGUCACUGAGAAUAUGGGACUCGUGUGAAGAUUCUGGAUCAGCAAAGCAACACAAGGUUAUACGUCCGAACAAAAAAACAGCAAAAAAGGAUGUGAAUAAAGAAAAGCGGAAGAACCACACAGUACUUGAGAGACAGCGGCGCUCUGAGCAACGGUACCUCUUCAACCAACUGCAGAAUAUCCUCAACUGUGAUGACCCCCGGGCUCCCAAACUGCGCAUCCUCUCACUGGCUCUAAGUGAGAUCAAGACUCUAAUGGAGACUUCAAAAUGUCUUGAGGAGAAGAAGAGGAGGCUGACUCAAGCGCAAUCUGUCUAUGUGAAGAAGAUCUCUAAUUUGGCUGGCAAGCCAGAGGAGCUGAUCAAAGUCAAGCUGAAAGAGAUCUAUGAGAAGAAACUCAUGGCUGCUCAGAGAAGGAAGUCUUUAUCUGUAAACCCAAGACCCCAGCCACAAAUCCCUACAUUACCAGUCACUGAAUGCUCCAAGCUCCAGCUGAACCUCAUGCACAAGGCCCAGGCCAAAGUACCUGUGCCCUUAGCCACCAACACUGCGCACCUGCACAGGCUCAAACCUCAGUCUUAUGUAGCCAGAACCCUAGCCUCAGACCAGAUCACAUCCCCCAAGACCACUUCAACCCAGUCACUGAUGGAAGAUAAUCCUCAAGUACCUGUGGCCCCAGUCCAAGUCAUUACACAUCAGCCCCUGGAUAAUUUGGAAGCACCUGUAACCCUAACCCCAAUCCAGAUUACUCAACCUCAAUCCAAGGUAGAGGAUCAGGUGCAAAUGCCUUUAUCUCCUGUCAUACCUCAGGCCUCUGAGCCUCAGGAUGGGCAUCACACACCAGAUCCCAGAUCCCCCAAUGAGGUCUGUACACUUAAGUCAGAUGUUCCUCAUAAGCCUGCAGUUGUCCCUCCACCACCAUUGACUCAGAAAUCGGAAUCGGAAUCAGAAGUACUUCAUCCAUCCUCGAGGGGAAAAUGGGUAACUCUUCCUCUGGUUCGCUCAAAGACUGGCAGAAUUAUACUCCCCUCAUCCCUUAAACCAGCUAGGCAAGGAUGCUUCAUGCUCAUGGUCAUGGGAACAGAUCAAGAGGAAGACAAGAAUAAGGCAGAUAAAUCCUUAACUCACACACUGCUUUCUGACCAGUCCUCCUUGAAGGAUAAAAAUGGGAGUCCCUCUGAGGCUGAGCAGCCCUUAGACAACUCAGAGGAAGGGAAGAGCCCUGAUGUUAGUGGACCCACAGAGGCUUCAAAGACAUCCCCAAACUCUCUGAAAAAUGGCCAAGAUGUGAAAUCCCCCCUGGUUGAGCUUGCUCGCCUCAACAAAUCCAUUCUCUUCCCAUCUGUGGUAUUGCAACCUAUUGGGAAUAACCAGGAGGGAGACAGAAUGUUAAAUAUGAGCAGUAAAGAGAUGAAUGCCUAUUUAAGUUUAAAACCAAUCGAUCAACCUUGCACUUCCAAAAACCUGAGCCAGAUUCCUAGCCCACCUGUGGUCCGUCGUGGCAGAGGUAGGCCUCGGAAGCAUGCACUAGUAAUCCCUGUCAAGCAAAAUAAGAAAAUCAGUCCGGUAAACAAGGAGACUUCAGGGCAAGUCAAAGUCCGUGUAGUACAAGAUAACCCAGUGCCAGUGAAAAGGCGGAGAGGUAGGCCACGGAAGAAUUUUGCAGCAAUUUCAAAAAGUCUUGCUGUUGUUACUGGUUCUCGACAGAGGAAGGCAGAAAGUGCACCGACUGAGAGGUCUCGGGCUAGUAGCAGUCUGACCAAUGCCAGUCAAAGUCAAAAUAGCCCCUUCAGGUUAACACGUAGUCAAAAUAGAUCCAUCACCAGUCAUUCUGAAUCCUCAGAGCUGGAAUAUAACACACCACGGCCAGUGACAAGAAGUGCAUUAGGAAAGGAUUUUCCUAGUGCAAAGAAAAAAUCCUGGAUGGACAUUGAAAAGGAACUGGAACUGGAAUAAAGAUUGUUUUAAUUUCACCACACAGGCUAAUUUACACAAUUACUCUGCCUCAAUAGUCUGUAACACUGAGACCUCAGACCUCUCUGACACAGAUGUAGCUCUCUAAGCUGUUGUGACAUUAGUGGCCCAGGGAAGUGUCUCUCUGGUCCCAUGCCCCUUAUUCUGAAAACUGGUUGCAGUAGUCAAUAAGAUCCCCUACCAGAUGUGCCUGCUUAUAAAUCCAAAGGACCUGGGAAAAACUGAGUUGUGCCUGUGAAAAUAAGUAGUCUUGAUGUUGUUCAUUUCGGCACGUUAACAAGAGUGACAAUUGACCUUUCUCAUUCUUUUGGGAAAGAGAAGUUUUAAACUGUCAAAUCUUUGAGAGGAAUUGUUAAUUGAUGUGAGAAUGUAUGAAUGAAUUUUUUUUUUGGCCCUCAUCCCCAUAUUGGGGUCUUGAGAUCUGAUAUGAAGUGUUAUGUAGUGUUAUUUCCAACAUUGUUCUGUGAAUACCCAAUGUAAAUGACCUCAUUACUUUCUCCCUUUAAUCACAAAUGGAUGAGGAUUUAUCUGUCAUCAUGUCAUUUUUCAUAUAGAUUUGUGUAUUAAGCAAACGAAAAUCAGUGGGGAAAACGGAUCAGUUACAGUAAGACCUUCCUGUUGACAUCGAAAAGGGUUUGGAUGGUACAUUGCUACACAACACUGUGAUAUGUUGACGUAUUUCUUGUUCAUUUGGUCAACAUGAGCUGUAUUUUUUUGUGUAUCCUUAUUUUAGGAAUUCUUUUUUUUUUUUCUUAAUGAAUCAUAGAUGGUCUUUCAGUUGCACUUUUUCUUUGGUAGAUAUUGCCCAUUAUGCUUUUUGUUCUUUUUUUUUUAUUUGCCUCCAACGUUUUGUCUCCAAUUAAUUUUCUGUUUGAGGUCUCAUGGUAGACUGAGGACUAUAAUGAACUUACAUGAUAAUAAUGAUUGGAGUUUGGCAAGCUUAUCAGUUAAGUGACACAAUGUGUGGACUUCAGAAAUGAAUUUUAAAACGUUUUCCUGAAACUUGCAAGCAAUCAAAUAUAAACACUGUUCAGCCAUGCAACUAGGAAAAGAAAUUGUGUUUUCUUUUGAACUGCAAAAUUUUUUUAUUCAGUUGUUUCAUUGAGGAAAUGACUUUAAUGUAUUUCACUGAAAUGUGUUGACAAGCUACUGUGGCCUUGAAAACGAAUAAAACUUCCAUGC